UUGCUCCAUACGGUCUCAAAGGCGGAGGAGAAGGUGCACGUGGUGUGAACAUACUGAAAAAACAUUCGCGCACCGUGAACCUUGGCGGGAAGAUCACCUUACGAGUGGACCCUGGAGAUAUCCUUCAUAUACAGACACCCGGUGGAGGAGGCUAUGGCACCGAGUAA